CUUCCCUCCGCGCCGACCCCGCCCAGGCCCCGCCCUAUCCAAGCCCUGCCCCGCAGCUCCGGGGCGCGCGCGGGGGCGCGCGCGCGUGUGCGGGAGGGGGCGGGUGGGGAAGGAUCGCCAGCGAGAUCCCAAGGCGAGGCUCGCGCGCCCGCCCCCGCCCUGGCCCCCAGCUCCCACCCGGUCGGCCCGGCUCAGCCAUGAUCAAGGCGAUCCUAAUCUUUAACAACCACGGGAAGCCGCGGCUCUCCAAGUUCUACCAACCCUACAGUGAAGAUACACAACAGCAAAUCAUCAGGGAGACAUUCCAUUUGGUAUCUAAGAGAGAUGAAAAUGUUUGUAAUUUCCUAGAAGGAGGAUUAUUAAUUGGAGGAUCUGACAACAAACUGAUUUAUAGACAUUAUGCAACAUUAUAUUUUGUCUUCUGUGUGGAUUCUUCAGAAAGUGAACUUGGCAUUUUAGAUCUAAUUCAAGUAUUUGUGGAAACAUUAGACAAGUGUUUUGAAAACGUCUGUGAACUGGAUUUAAUUUUCCAUGUAGACAAGGUUCACAAUAUUCUUGCAGAAAUGGUGAUGGGGGGAAUGGUAUUGGAGACCAACAUGAAUGAGAUUGUUACACAAAUUGAUGCACAAAAUAAACUGGAGAAAUCUGAGCAAAUAGUUUACACUGGCCUAUUUUGUAUCACUCAAGAUUUUUCUCAGGCUGGCUUAGCGGGAGCUCCAGCCCGUGCUGUAUCAGCUGUAAAGAAUAUGAAUCUUCCUGAGAUCCCAAGAAAUAUUAACAUUGGUGACAUCAGUAUAAAAGUGCCAAACCUGCCCUCUUUUAAAUAAAAAAUUUAAAAGGCCACUCCCAGGUAAAAUCCGGGGGAAAAGUCAUCUAAGUUUACCAUGCAGUUGUUUACCAAAAAUAGAGGAGGAGAGUCUUAACUUUUGCUCUUGGAUUUAAGUCAAGGUACUGUAUAGAAGUUAUGUAAAAUCAGUGUGGAAGUUCAUUGUUGCUUUUGUUGCUCAGUGAUUUUUGAAGAAAUUGAGUAGUUACAGUGUGAUUUUUUUCUUUAUUUUAUAAACUGCAUUCCUAUGGCCACCUAAGGCAUGCCUCUAUGUAUUGGCUACUACAGUAUUUUGAAAAGUGUUUGGGACAUUUCUUUAAAUUAUGUAUAACCUAAAAUGUUGGUGUUUUAUAUGGAUCACAAAUACAACAUUCCUUAAUUCUUUCUGUUAUUUGUCAGAAUUGUUAUUUAAAGAACGAAGUAUGUAUUGCAUGAAAACAUUAUGACCUUUUUCUCUUAGUUUAAAUAAACUCCAAGGUAACUGGACUUCUAAAGCA